AUGGCUGAUCCCAGUUUACCGGAUUAUAAGUCUCUCUAUCUCCAGGCGGAAGAGCGACGGAAGCAGGCAGAAGAGCGCGAAAAGCAGGCAGAGGAGCGCGAGAAGCAGGAGGCAGAAGGGAGGCGGCAAGCAGAAGAGCGCGAGAGGGAAGAAGCAGAAGGAAGGCGGCAGGCAGAAGCGCGCAAUCUACCGACCACUUUCACGGAGCUCAUUCAGCACUGCCAUGUCCUUCUCUCCCGAUCGCUGAGAAUCGAUUCACCUUCUCGCUCAACGACCGGAAAAAUCCCCCUUCCUACCGGAAAAUACUGCCCGACUCGAUUGGAAUAUUGGACCGACUGUCCAAAACAGCUCUCAGAGGUCUACAAGUCCGUCUGCCAAUAUCUCCAGCCGGAGCCGGGACAGGAGCCACGUCUGUUCUCGUCUGUGGCUGAAUUAGAAGGGCUUGGCCGUCGAUUUGCUCGCAACCCACUUAGUAGCGAGCAAGAACUUGAGGCCUACGAGCGGUUUGGCGUUGAAGAACAUGUUCACGAUAUAAUAAAUGAGCUGUGCAAACUGCCGGCUGCUUGUGAGGAGUUCGGUCUGGGAGAUGGAAUCCAGUUCAGCAAUCAUAAGAAUCCCCGAACGAGAACGAACCCAUUGAAGCUGAUUCGUGUCGACGGUAACUCGACCAUCGUUCUGACGACUGUCGAGUACAAGCCGCCUCAUAAGCUGCCUGUUGCAGCUUUUCACAUCGGACUUCGACCAAUGGACCUAUGGAAAGAAAUGGUCAGAUCCAAUAAAAUAUCAACCGACCAGGAAAAAAAGUUGAAGCACAAUGCAGAGCGACUCGUCUGCUCCGCCAUUGUGCAAGAAUAUCAUGUGAUGAUUCAGGAAGGACUUGAAUAUUCAUAUUUGACCAAUGGGCUUAGCCGUGUUCUUCUCCGUGUUCCGCACGACCAGCCCAGCACAAUCUACUACUUUUUCUGUGACCCUCACAACGAAGUGACCCCAGAAAGCGAUAUCACUUCCCAGCUAUGGAAGUCCUCUGUUGCGAGGGUAUUAUGCCUUUGUUUGAUGGCAUUCCGUUCGCCUAACCGAGGACAAGAGUGGAGGAACCGAGUGCACCCAGACCUCCAUACGUGGCAAACAAGCUUUGACCACACACGCUCACAGAUCCCAGGAAAGGAGCUACAGCAAAUCCCUCACUCCGAUAGCACCAACCCCAAAUUUCCGAGUCCAGAGUCCGGUUCAUCUUAUGAACUGCCAUCGUCAUCUCCGUUACCAGCCCCCUCAGAGGGCCGUCGAGUGCCUACACGAUCUCAGACGAGCUGUGCACCUUCGGAGAUUCGACCGCGAUCGCAGUCACCUGGCUCGUCCGGCUCUGACACGAAUCAAGCAUCUGGCCAUAAGCGGAGGAUCAGUCAGGUCACGCCAUCACCAUCUGCUCGGCGAUCAAGUCGCCAGCAAAAGACAGGGCACGACCAAGACAACCAUCACCAGCGCCGCGCCGCGCAGUUCUGCACGCAGCGAUGUUUACUCGGGUUGUGGACCGGGAAGAAUCUUGAUGAGUUGUGUCCAAACGUGGAUCAUCAUCGCCGGGGCCAGAACGACCCGACUCAGCAUCCGAUAUCGGCUGAGGAAUUGAUACUUUCAUUGAAAAACCAGCUGGACGAAAACAUAGAUCGAUGCAUACCCCUCGGCGGUUGCGGCUCCUACGGCGCCCCAUUCAAACUUACGUGCAUGAAAUAUGGUUACACAGUCGUCGGAAAAGGCACCACUUCGGGGUUGUGGAAAGAAGUUUCCCGCGAAGUGCAGGUAUAUCGAGUGCUGCGCAAGGCGCAAGGUUCUGCUGUUCCUGUCUUUUUGGGAACGAUCGACUUGGCUAAAAUUUUUUUUCUCCAUGGCGCUGGACAAAUUCGCCACCUGCUUGUAAUGGGCUGGGCAGGUGAGUGCACAGCGACUAUGGAGCUGACGCACCGGCUGCGCCGCGAGAUUCACAGAUCGAACAAGGAAAUCAAGGCGCUUGGGAUAGUACAUGAAGACCUUAGGCGAGAAAAUGUCCUCUGGAGUGAAGAGCUUGGGCGUGCUUUGAUUAUCGACUUCCACCGCUCUACGUUGGAAUGUCGACCGACUCUUCAACGAGCGGGAGCAGCAAAACGACGACUCCGUCGAACAGAGGAAGGCGAUGCAAAGCGUCUUCGUGUGUCGCAAGAAAGAAAAUCUUUUUCGACUUGUUGUUAA